GAUAACUUUUAAAUACUACCAAGAUGUAUUAGCCAUUGUUUUUGCUAUAAAUGAAAUCAACAGCAAUAAUGCCUUACUCCCAAAUAUCACAUUGGGAUUAGAGAUGUAUGAGUCAUGUGCAUGUGAAAGUAAAGUGCUGGAGAGUACACUCACAAUACUUUCGGGGAAGCAGGAAUAUGUACCAAAUUACAAAUGUGGAAAUAAAGGAAUCCUAGCUGGCUUCAUUGGGCAUCUUUUUUCAUCUUCAAGUUAUAUCAUGGCACAACUUACUGGAAUUUAUAGCUAUACUCAG